AUGUUUGAGAAUGAUAUUGAGGCAUCGAAUGUUGAGCUGCCUGUUCCACCUGUUGUGGAGGUUGUGAAUGCUGCUGAUCCCACUCGUUUGUCGAAGUUGGCAAAGGAGAUUUCGAGGUUGGGAGGAGUUCCAUUCCAGGGAGGAACGGAUCACAUGUUGGCAGAUCAAUGGAUCGAGAACAUGAGGACCUACUUCGAGAUGGUCGUUUGUGACGACGUUGAGAAGAGGAAGAUUGCCACAUUUAUGCUCCAAGGCGAUGCACGGGUGUGGUGGAGCGGCACACAGAGGGUUAUGGAUGUGUCCACCAUGACCUGGAAUGAGUUUGUGGAACUGUUCAGGAAGAAGUACUUUCCGCCUUCAGUGAGGGAGCAGUUGGAAAGGGAAUUUGUCUCGUUAGUCCAAGGGACUAAGAGUGUGAGGGAUUAUGAGGCUGAGUUCUCAAGGUUGUAUCGCUUUGUGAGGCAAAUGGAUGCUGAGAGCUUAGCCAUGAAGUUUCAGUGGGGACUGAAUGCUUCGAUCCGGCGUGAUGUCGCUGUUUUGGAACUGAAGACGAUGGAGCUCAUUUUCGCUAAGGCUAUGGCCAUUGAGCAGGAAAACCUGAUUUUUCAGGAGCAGGAGUCAGCUGAGAGGGACUCCCAAAGGAAGGGAAAGGCAACUGCUGAGGGCAGUGAAGGGACAGAUGCUCAGGGUGGGUUCUGGAAGAGACGCAGGACUCAUCAGCAGGCGCCAGCUAGGGAAGCGGCUGCACCUGCUAGGGCUGUACCUGCUAGGGCUGCACCUGUUAGGGAAGCGGCUGCACCUGUUGGGCAAGAAGCACCUCUGAGAUGUUACAACUGUAAGGAGGUUGGCCAUACUGCUAGGGCUUUGCCUGAUGUCUAUAGUUAG